UGUUACGUAAACGCUAUGCGCAUGCGUGAAAUUUAGUUCCGUUAAAAAUGGCCAAUGUGCUGAAAUUGACCUCUCAAUCAGCUCACAGAGCUGUAUUGAAAACUGUUUUGACCAACACAGCGUCACCAGCUAUAUGCUCCAGUCGAAGAAAUCUUCAUUUCAAUAUACAGGGUCGUAACAAUGAUGCGAAAUCAUCAAGUGGCCAGUCGCUGUCAAGAAAGUAUCCAGUAAUCGACCACACAUAUGAUGCUGUCGUGGUUGGAGCAGGUGGUGCCGGUCUCCGAGCUGCCUUUGGUCUGGCUAACGAAGGCUUUAAAACAGCUUGCAUUACGAAGCUCUUCCCAACAAGAUCUCACACAGUGGCCGCUCAGGGAGGUAUUAAUGCUGCACUGGGACACAUGGAAGAAGAUUCAUGGCAGUAUCACUUCUAUGACACAGUGAAGGGCUCUGAUUGGCUGGGAGACCAGGAUGCCAUUCAAUACAUGUGUGAAGAAGCCCCUAAAGCCGUCAUUGAGCUGGAAAACUAUGGGAUGCCCUUCAGUAGACUUGACAAUGGGAAGAUUUACCAGAGAGCUUUCGGAGGCCAGAGUCUGAAGUACGGGAAAGGUGGACAGGCACACAGGUGUUGUUGUGUCGCUGAUCGUACAGGUCACUCUCUGCUUCACACACUUUACGGACGGUCACUGAAAUAUGACACCCAUUACUUUAUUGAAUACUUUGCCUUGGAUCUGAUUAUGGAAGAUGGAGAGUGUCGCGGAGUUAUAGCCCUUUGCUUAGAAGAUGGAACUAUUCAUAGAUUUAGAUCCAAGAACACAGUUUUGGCUACUGGUGGCUAUGGCCGUGCUUACUUCUCCUGUACAUCGGCUCACACCUGUACUGGUGACGGUACUGCCAUGGUUACCAGAGCUGGACUCCCGAACGAGGACAUGGAGUUUGUACAGUUUCAUCCUACAGGGAUCUAUGGAGCAGGCUGUCUCAUCACAGAAGGCUCCCGAGGAGAGGGAGGCAUUCUGAUCAACUCAGAGGGCGAGAGAUACAUGGAACGCUAUGCACCAACUGCUAAAGAUCUUGCUUCUCGUGAUGUUGUGUCACGAUCAAGUACUAUAGAAAUUAGAGAAGGGAGAGGGGUUGGCCCAGAGAAGGACCAUGUUUACCUACAACUAUCACAUCUCGACCCAGAAGUAUUGAAGGCCAGACUUCCAGGUAUUUCAGAGACUGCCAUGAUCUUUGCUGGAGUUGAUGUGACAAGAGACCCGAUUCCUGUCCUUCCUACCGUCCACUAUAAUAUGGGUGGAGUGCCCACAAACUACAAAGGACAGGCAAUCUAUGUGAAGAAUGGAGAGGAUGUUGUUAUCCCAGGUCUAUAUGCUUGUGGAGAAGCAGCAUGUGCUUCAGUCCAUGGGGCCAACCGUCUUGGUGCUAACUCCCUUCUGGAUCUGGUUGUUUUCGGGCGUGCAUGUGCCAACACCAUCAAGGAAGAAAACCGACCAGGGGAACCUAUUGGUAAAAUCAAGGAUAACGCUGGAGAAGAAUCAAUCGCCAACCUUGACAAAGUCAGACAUGCCAAUGGAAGCACACCUACAGCAGACCUCAGACUUAAGAUGCAAAAGGUCAUGCAGACCAAUGCAGCUGUGUUCCGUGAUGGGCCCAUCUUGAAGGAAGGUGUGGACAAAAUGACAGAUCUGUAUGAACAGAUGGACGACCUCAAGGUUUCCGACAGAGGCAUGGUUUGGAAUACUGAUUUGGUAGAAACCCUGGAGCUUCAGAAUCUAAUGUUGAAUGGUAUGCAGACCAUCGUUUCAGCAGAGGCAAGGAAGGAGAGCCGAGGAGCUCAUGCAAGAGAAGAUUUCCAGGACCGAAUAGAUGAGUAUGAUUAUAGUAAGGAUACCGCAGGACAGACAUCGAAAUCUUUCGAUGAUCAUUGGAGGAAACACACUCUCUCUUACCAGGACCUUGAAACUGGAAAGGUAAAGCUGGAAUAUCGACGUGUGAUUGAUGAUACACUUGACAAAGACAAAUGUGAGACAAUACCUCCGGCCAUCCGCUCCUAUUAAGUCUGUCUACCACAAUUCUCUCAUUUUCAAUAGGUGCACAUCAGUAGCUGAGCUUUGUCGGAUAUUUCAAGUUUAUAUAUAAGCCUUGCUUGAAAUCUGAAUUUUUUUUCAAUGGAAGUAAAAUCUGCUGAGUUUGCAAAGUGCUUAUCUUGGACAUUGACAUUCAAAGUGAAGUUGCUGAAAUUAUUAAUAUGUGAUAAACAUUUGGCCAGCUUAAAUGUUUGUUUUGAGGAUUCAAGACUUUGAUUUUGAGACCCUUUAUGUAUAAACAAAGGGUCACUGCCAUAAUAUUCGCUAUUGAAAUAUAUCCACUAGAAAUGGAACACCACCUCAUGUGGAUAGAUGAUGUAGUUGUGUAUUGAAUUUACAGUCAAUUACUGCAAAAAUUUAUUUCCCCUUCAUCCGUUCUUCAUUGAAUAUUGAAAAUUGAAAACUCUCAAAAUUGAAAUAUUUUUAAGAGUGGUCAUAUUUUGGGAUUUUUUUUCAAUAUCUUGUAAAAUGGUAAUAUUAUGUACAUAGGCCGCAGGAUACUGUAAAAGGUUGUAAUGUAUCAACUCUCUAUAAAGAAGGCCGAAUAGGUAGCAUUUUAUGCAGUUAAAAAUAAAGAAUAGUUUCUGAAAAUUUUUCUCCCUAUGUUAAGAAAAUAUUUUGGUGCAGAAGAAUCCUAACAUUAAUUACAUUUUACGAUUGUACCUAUCACUUGUUGUCCUGGUAAAGUCACCUGAUGUCUGGGUUGUUUGUAUUAAGCUGCUGUAUUUAAUUAGAUUUUGAUAAUGUCAAAUCAUGCUUAACUACAAAUGGCUACUGCAGUGUGUUUCACCACAAGAUGGAUAACAGAUAAACCUAUGUUUGUAUAUUUAUGAAGAAUAAAAUGUGAGCUGUGUUACAGUUUAAUCAUAAAUUAUGACUAUUGUAAUUUAUAGUGCAGAAUUUUUUAUUUCUGAAGAAAAUUCUAUUAAAUGAUUCAUUUAUGCACAUUU